AUGCCUUCUGGAUCAAACAUGAAUGACUUGCUGAAGGUGCCCCUGGUACAUGUCCUCACCCUGGCAGCCCUCAGCUUGGCUGAGACACUCCUGAAAGCUCCCUUGAUCACCACUCCUUUGGAAACAGUGGAUGCCCUAGUAGAGGACGUGGCCAAGUUUGUCUGUGUAGUGGAGUCGUAUCCUGAGCCGGAGAUUACGUGGACACGCAACAGCAUUCCCAUCAGGCUGUUCGACACGCGGUACAGCAUACAGAGGAACGGGCAACUCCUGACUAUUCUGAGCGUGGAGGACAGUGAUGAUGGGGUGUACUGCUGCACAGCAGAUAACGGGGUUGGAGCAGCUGCACAGAGCUGUGGGGCUCUCCAGGUGAAAAUGCGACCCAAAAUAACCCGACCACCUGUAAAUGUGGAAAUAAUAGAAGGCUUAAAGGCUGUUCUUCCAUGCACUACAAUGGGGAAUCCAAAACCUUCUGUUUCAUGGGUCAAAGGAGAAACAGUUGUAAAGGAGACUGCUCGCAUUGCUGUCCUUGAUUCAGGGAACUUAAGGAUACACAACGUUCAGAGAGAAGAUGCAGGACAGUAUCGUUGUGUAGCCAAGAACAGUCUGGGAACAGCCUAUUCGAAACCCGCCACUGUUGUAGUGGAAGUGUUUGCCAGAAUCUUGAAGGCUCCUGAAUCCCAAAAUAUCACCUUUGGUUCUGUGGUGACCUUGCGGUGCACGGCAACUGGCCUUCCAGUCCCUACUGUCACCUGGCUGGAAAAUGGGAAAGCUGUUUCUGCAGGGUCUAUAAUGGAAAGUGUCAAGGACAGAGUGGUUGAUUCCAGACUGCAGGUGUACGUCACCCGACCUGGCCUGUUCACUUGCCUUGCCACGAACAAACACAGCAAAACUUUUGGAGCCGCAAAAGCAGCAGCAACCAUCAGCAUUUCAGAGUGGAGCAAGCUGUACAAGGGUGAUGCAGGUUACUGCAGCACUUACAGAGGUGAGGUGUGCAGUGCUAUCUUGGCGAAGAAUGCUCUUGUUUUCUUCAACUCCUCCUAUGCUGACCCAGAGGAGACCCAAGAGCUGCUUGUGCACACUGCCUGGACUGAACUGAAAAUGGUGAGUUCAUUCUGCCAACCGGCUGCUGAGUCUCUGCUGUGUAACUACAUCUUCCAGGAGUGCAAUCCCUCCGGAGCUGGGCCAGCUCCAAAACCAGUGUGCAGAGAGAAUUGCCUUGCUGUAAAGGAUCUCUACUGCUUUAAGGAAUGGCUCUCAAUGGAGGAAAACUCUCAGAAGGGGAUAUACAAGCCAGGGCUGAUGUUGCUCACUCUUCCUGAAUGCAACAGGCUGCCCAGCCUGCAUGAGGACCCCAGCUCCUGCACCCACAUCCCUUUCUUUGAUUUUAAGAAGGAGAAUAUAACCAGGACUUGCUACAGUGGCAAUGGCCAGUUUUACCAGGGCUGGGCCAACAUCACGGCCUCCGGCAUUCCCUGCCAGAAAUGGAGUGACCAGGCUCCCCACUUGCACAGGAGGACUCCUCAGGUUUUUCCUGAGCUGUCUGAUGCUGAGAAUUACUGUCGCAACCCAGGAGGUGAGAAUGAACGUCCCUGGUGCUACACAAAGGACCCAGCCGUGACCUGGGAAUACUGCAGUGUGCCUCCCUGUGGAGAUGCAUUGUUAUCACUAGGAACAAGAAAACCAAAUGGAGAGACUCUAAAUCUCCCCCCUUCUCCUCCCUUUUCCCCUACGUACUCCAUGACUGUCAUCAUAUCGAUUAUCUCCAGCUUUGCUCUGGUUGUGAUCUUCGGCAUUGUCACCCUGGUUUGCUGCCGCCACCGAAAGCAGUGGAAAUCCAAAAAAAGAGAGUCUGAGACACCAACGCUCACCACUCUGCCCUCUGAACUACUUCUGGACCGGCUGCACCCCAACCCAAUGUACCAACGCAUGCCCCUUCUCCUCAAUCCAAAAUUGCUUAGCCUGGAGUACCCCAGGAAUAAUAUAGAAUAUGUGAGAGAUAUUGGGGAAGGAGCAUUUGGGAGAGUCUUCCAAGCCAGGGCCCCAGGGUUGCUGCCAUAUGAGCCUUUCACAAUGGUGGCAGUGAAAAUGCUGAAGGAGGAAGCAUCCGCAGACAUGCAGGCUGACUUUCAGAGGGAAGCAGCUCUCAUGGCAGAGUUUGACAAUCCAAAUAUUGUCAAGCUUUUAGGUGUGUGUGCUGUUGGGAAACCGAUGUGCCUGCUGUUCGAGUACAUGGCCUAUGGGGAUCUAAAUGAGUACCUGCGUGACCGCUCGCCCCGCAACCUCUGCAGCCUGGUACACAGCAGUCUGGACACAAGGAUUCGCCUCCCUAACCCCUUGGCACUGUGCUGCACCAGCCAACUCUGCAUUGCCAAGCAGGUUGCUGCUGGCAUGGCAUACCUCUCUGAGCGCAAAUUUGUCCACCGAGAUUUGGCCACCAGGAACUGUCUGGUGGGGGAGAACAUGGUGGUCAAAAUUGCCGAUUUUGGUCUUUCAAGGAACAUGUAUUCAGCUGACUAUUACAAAGCAAACGAGAAUGAUGCCAUCCCCAUCCGCUGGAUGCCCCCCGAGUCCAUUUUCUACAACCGCUACACCACAGAGUCUGAUGUGUGGGCCUAUGGAGUGGUGCUGUGGGAGAUCUUCUCCUAUGGCAUGCAGCCCUACUAUGGGAUGGCUCAUGAAGAGGUCAUCUACUACGUGAGGGAUGGGAACAUCCUCUCCUGCCCAGACAAUUGUCCCCUGGAGCUCUACAACCUGAUGCGUCUCUGCUGGAGCAAGCUGCCUGCUGACCGGCCGGGCUUCGCUAGCAUCCACCGCAUCUUGGAGCGCAUGUACGAGAGGGCUGUGGCCAACAUGUCGGUCUGAGGGGUGUGUUUUCUUGCACUUCCUUCCUUGUCUCCUGUAUCAACCUAUCCAGGUGACUUGGACCAGCCCAUGAGCUCCUUAGUGAUGGUGGCUUCACACAAAUCCCACUUCAGGGGAAAAGAAACACCUUGUUCCUCUACCAAGCAAGAGGUGGACUGCUUCCCCUUAAGCACUUCCCUGGGUGGGACUGUACCUCCAAAACAACAGGGCUGACCUCUGGCCACCAAGCCAAGACUCCUUACGUUGGUGAAGGUGUACCUAUAUUAAGCAUUUCCAGGAGCACAGAGUUCCCCAGGGAAAGCCAACCAAUGUUUCAAUGGUGACACUUCCCUUCCUAACGGGUCUGUCCACAUCUUUCUGCAUUUAUGCUCUUGGCUUUUGCCUUUUUCUUCCCUUCCUCAUAUGUUUUCAAGUAUGGUUUAAAAAAAGAUUGCAGAAUUCAAUCUUAUUUUGGGGAUAUGUUUAUUAUUUUAUUUUUGCAUACUGUUUAUUAUUUUGUUUUUGCAUACUUAUCCUUUUCCAGAAAAAGGAUGUUUCUGAAGCCAUAGGCCCCUUUCUUCUUCCUUUUAGCUUUCACCUUCUUGCAUGACAAUAGCACUCAUAGAGUUGAAACAGGAGCCUGCAGAACCACUGACAGCCACCUGCAUCUCAUAUUACACAGAUGGGCAAACUCCUGUCAAGCAUGAAGCCUUCCAUUUUCAAAAGUGGGAAUCCACAGUGAGGUUCAUUUCAUCUUUGUUAAGGUCUCGCCCAAAAGCUUUCCUUAAGCAUUGCAUCCCAGCUUUCCUGCCUUCCUCUACAGCAAUGAGGCAAUUUGAUGCUAAGGGAGAAAUUCAUCCCAAAGACCUGGUCCUGCACCUCAUAUGUGUCUGAUGUGUAUUUAUUUGCCUCUACAUCCAGUAUGGUCGUCACUGUGCAAAAAGCAGGGAGCAAUGCAGGUCCUCUUGCAGAAAUGUGGCAGAUUAUGUUAAUUAUUUCUCUACUUUUCCUUUUCAAUCUUUGCCUCCUAUUUGUGGUUUUCCUUUCCUGACAGCAGCACUGCAAUGUUUGCUGGCCACCCUUCCCUGUGCUACAUCUUAGAGGCACAGAAAUAAGGAAGGUGGAUAUCUGCCAUUAGUGGUCUUCAGAGACAACCAGCCAGUUAGGAGAAGGUCGAAAAAGUGGGAGUUCACACUCCACCCAAUAAGUUUUACAGACUGUUCAUCUGCAGGGCAAAGAUGAGACUGCCUCAGUUACAUAUAGUCUGCAGCCAACCUCUAAACACCAAAUGUUGUUUCUUUGCUAAAAGUCCUCCACAUUGUAAUUCAUGCUUUAGUGC